AUGGCGGACGGGCACAAGGGCCAAAGCUCCAGCUCAGAUCCAAGGCAGCAGGAAUACGCCAUCUCUUCUAUUUUUGCUAAAGCCCAAAAGAAAUUCGGCAGGGCACUUAUAGGUGGCAAGGUAUCUGGGGCCAGAAUCUAUUUUGUUCCAGAGGACACCUGGAAGACGAUGAAGGAGAGUUCAGUCACGGAAUACAGAGAGGGCGACGGGCCAGAAACAAGGGGCGAUGGAAGGGCGGUCUUCGUUGUCUUUAUGAUUGAUGAGCUUGUUCCAAACACAGUCACCCCCGAGGCAGGCAAGAGUGUGAUUGUCAGGGUCGGAUGGAUCUACUCGAUACUCAAGUCUCUUGCCAACAUCAGUGACUUUAGUCCCAGCGAACAACCUAGCUAUGGCAACGGGAUGAAGAGAUCAAGGAAGAUUGUAAAUGUCCUUGCCGAUCCUUCGGACAAGCUGUUUGAUAUAGUACUGCACCUCAUGGACUUCCGGCUUGAUCUGGAAGGGUUCAUGAGAAACUACAGGGUCCUAGCAUCCAACGGCAGGGUGAUUCACCCCCUUGCGGUUCUGGGCGAGCUUUCUGAUGGGGACGUGCUAAGGAUCUCAAAAAUCAUAAGAAUGGGGGACGGAAGAGCUCUAUCUGUUGACGAGCACAUGAGGAAUGCUAUCCGAGGGCUCAAGAACCAAGGAAACACGUGCUUUAUGAACAGUGGGCUUCAAUGCCUGAUGAACUGUUGGAAGCUUACCGAGUACUUCAUCAGUAGAGAAUAUGAAAGCCACUUGGAAAAGCACAAGCCUGACCAUGUGUCCUUGGCUAAUGCAUAUUAUGAUCUUGUUGCACAAGUACAUGACGGAGGGACACACCCCAUCACGCCAGCAGGAAUCAAAAGAAGCUUGGGAUCGAUAUACGAGGAAUACAAGGGAAGUGAUGAGCAGGACACAGUGGAGUUUAUCACGAAGAUGCUGGACACACUGCACGAGGGCCUCUCAACCAAAAUAGAAUGCCAAAAGAAAAAGGAAGGAAGGGGAUGGUGGGACUACAGCAAGUCGAUUGUCACUGAUCUGUUUUUCUUCUGUCUGAGAUCUACGCUGUCAUGCAGGGCUUGCGGAAGGAGCAAAGCCUCUGUGGAGCCUGCGAUGUGCCUUUCUCUGCCUGUCCCGCAUCCCAUGGAGCACAAGAACGACAUUGUGCUGUUCUACGAGUCGAGCAGAAAGCAGCCCAUAAAAAUAUACACGGACAGCUCCAUCUGUAUCAAGGAACUCAAGAAGUUACUAGGGACCAAGUAUGGAGUUUUGGGAAGGAUUGCAUGUAUAUGGUAUGAUGGCAGCAGAAAUAUGGUUGAGGCACCAAACGAUGCCAUUCUAAGAAAUAUCCCGCAGGCCCUAUUCUGCUACGAGUAUUUUGAGGGCAUAGAGUACUGUUGGAUUCAUCUGAAGAUUAAGAAGCUAUUUAUAGAUAGGUCGCUUCAGUUCAAUAUACUGAUCAAAGCGUUUGCCUAUAGCGAGCCACUAAUGCUUUUAGAAGUUCGGAGGGCACUCAUUUACCUUGUCCAGAAAGAGUCACAAGAUCUCCUGGAAGAUGAAGAUAUAUCUCCCUAUGUUAAGCUGGAGUUGCCUGGUCGGGCAUCUAAGGAGGCUGCAAGAGACUUUCCUGUUGUGAUAGGAGUAAGCAGGGCACAUGGGGGAAGGAAGCUCCUCAACCCCCUGUGCGAUCCCUUAGAUAUGAUACAGGCCAUAAGGCCGCCGAUGCCUACACUUAAUUACUGCAUAGACAAGUUUCUGGAGAAGGAAGACCUCCAUCCAUCCGAGCUUCUGUACUGUGAAGGAUGUGGUGAAAAGAAAAUGUUUAGCAAGAAGAUUGAUCUAGAGAGCCUCCCAACAUACCUCAUAAUCCAGCUGAAAAGAUUCCAGUAUGUCAAUUCUUUUCCCAUGAAGAUCUCGACCCUAGUUGAGUAUCCUCUUGAUGAGUUUCGCAUUGGGGAUGCAGAAUACAGAGUCAUAGGAGUAUGUAACCAUGACUCUGAGACGGUUACAUCGAGCGGGCAUUAUGUAAGCUACCUGUGGAAGGACGGGUGGUAUCUCUGCAAUGACCAGAAGAUUGAGAGGGUUGACAAGAUUAAGAAGGAGCACACAUAUGUUCUCUUCCUUGAGAGAUGUGGCUAG